GCCGAUCCUGUUUAAAGAUCACUACAUGGUGGUCGCCCAACGCUCACCAGGUGGUGACUUCCUCGACGAGCACGCUGUUGCAAACUCGCCAACUCUCUACAGCGUGCCCAGGUCGCCGAAGAAAGUACUCCGCUCCUCAUGAAGCUCCUUCUGCAGCUAGCGACAGCGCUGCUCCUUCUCGCUGCCAGUGAUGCCAAGACAACGCCGGCCGUGUGCAAGAACAAGACGUGCGUGACUGCAUCCGGCGACACAUGCGACCGAUCGACGUCAACGUCCUGCGGCGCCUGCAUGAGCGUCUCGGACUCGGGCACUGUCUCCUGCAAGGACACCAACUUCUUUGGCCUCUGCUCGUCGUCGACCAAGUGUGGCACCUGGUCGUCGACCUCGUCGGGCUCUGGCUCGGGCUCUGGUACUGGAAACACGACGACGACGGCGCCCGUGUCCACGACAGAGUCCCCCCAAUCGCCCCAGCCGACCCAGCCUACGCAGCCGCCACAGCCGACGCAGCGCCCUUCAGAUCAAACUACCACGCCGGCCCCGACAGACGACGCGAGCUCGGCCACAGCCGAGCCGACGGCCGCACCUGCGACCUCGCCGCCGUCAUCGUCCACAAACUGGGCUCUCUAUGGUGGCAUCGGCGGCGGUGUUGUCGGACUCUUCCUCAUCAUCGGUAUCGCAUGCUGCAUCAUUCGCAAGCGCCGCAACGACGAAGACGACGACGAUGACGUCGGACACUACGCCAACAAGGCGCAGUCGACGCCGCCCGCGCAAGUGGCCAUCCCGAUGACGACCAUGGCGACGCAGCCGGCGCCGCCCAUGUACGCCGUGCCCGAGCCGGCACCGGUCUUUGCGCUGCCGAUCUCGCCCCGUAGCAGUUCGAGCAACACGAGUCUGCCGCGCACGAGCGCCAUGAGUGGCUACGAGGUGGCGACGAACCCGCUCGUCAACUUUGUGGCGCGCGCGUCGGUCGAGACGGACACGGCGCCGUACCGCCAGACGAUCGCGCAAAAGUUCAACCACUUGGAGAACUUCAACGAGGGCGUCGGGAGCGAUUCGGAGAGCGACUCGUCCAGCUUCCAUCGUCAGCGCACGUCGACGGACGGCAGCUUCAACAUGAGCGACGGCUCCAACGACAGCUUUGUCAUCACCCGCACCGAAGACGACCGAAAGGAGAAUGGCACCGCGUGCUCGGUGGAAUUUUAGGAUUUUAAUAUAAGCCGACAGUAUAGGAGGACUCUGCGUGCUGCUACUGUCGUGACUUCGUUGCUAUAGACGCACUUGGCUGCUAAAUACUCCGAGUACCGGUAUAAGGAAUAAAAGAAAGACGGGAACGGGUGUCUUACUCGUUGGCAGUCGUUCAUGCUACGAGGACGCUGUCUCGAACUCGUUCAUGUG